AGCCACUGUAACUAUGGAAAAACUUAAAAUCCACGAAAAAUGGGGUAAUGGAAUACUUUCCUAAACCAGGUGCACACGCCGCUUUUUUACACAAAAUGCACUAACAUCCACUACCUAAUUGGGAAGGCUUCCCUUGACAAGUAUAGCCAGUUAAUAUAUUUCCCCCACAAUUCCUCCAAUACUUGAUUAAUAAGUGGAAUACAAAGUCAUGAAUAAGUAGUGCCAUUGGUGGCUUCGUCAAACUGGUUCAGUUUUAUUUUCCCAUUUUCAAAUCAUACAAAAGGAUAUACUUUCCUCUUCGUAGUUCGAAUCUAAUAAAUUUGAAUUAUGCUAAUAUUCAAUAAAAACAUCAUGAGUCCAACUGCUACAACAGCAAAACAAUUAGAUAUUGAAAAGUUAAUUGAAGAACUUACCAUUGAAGAAAAGCUUUCAUUACUUGCUGGUAAAGAUUUCUGGCAUACAGUUCCAAUUGAAAGACUUGAUAUUCCAUCCAUUAGAGUUUCUGAUGGUCCAAACGGUAUUAGAGGGACUAAAUUUUUCAAUAGUGUUCCUUCAAACUGUUUCCCAUGUGGAACAGGAUUGGCCGCAACUUUCAACAAGGAUUUGUUGGUUGAAGUGGGUCAAUUAAUGGGAAAGGAAGCUAGAAUGAAAGGUGCACAUGUUAUUCUUGGUCCAACUUGUAAUAUAGUUAGAUCUCCAUUAGGUGGAAGAGCAUUUGAAAGUUAUUCUGAAGAUCCACUUUUAUCUGGUCAUGCUGCUUCUCAUGUAAUUCAAGGUAUUCAAAGUCAAAAAAUUGUUGCUUGUAUCAAACAUUUUGUAGCCAAUGAUCAAGAAGAUGAAAGAAAAGCUGUUAAUGAAAUUAUUACUGAACGUGCCUUAAGAGAAAUUUAUUUGAAACCUUUCCAUAUUGCAAUUAGAGAUGCAUAUCCAAAAGCAUUAAUGACUGCUUAUAAUAAAAUCAAUGGUGUUCAUGUUUCUCAAUCAAAACAACUUUUACAAGAAUUGUUAAGAAAGGAAUGGGGUUAUGAUGGAACUAUUAUGUCUGAUUGGCAUGGAGUUUAUUCAUCCAAAGAAUCUUUAGAUGCUGGCUUGAAUUUAGAAAUGCCAGGACCUACUAGAUUUAGACAACAAACGGCUACUCUUCAUUCAAUUCAAACUAAUGAAAUCCAUCGUGAUGUUAUUGAUGAUAAUGCUCGUUAUAUUUUGAAAUUAGUUAAUGAAAGUUUGAAAUCUGGAAUUCCAAAGGAUGUUAUUGAAUCUCCUAAUCCUACUCAAGAAGCUUCAGCAUUAUUAAGAAAAGCUGGUGAUGAAUCUAUUGUUCUUUUAAAGAAUGAUAAUAAUAUCUUACCUUUAUCAAAAACUGCUAAAGAAAAAAUUGCUAUCAUUGGUCCAAAUGCCAAGGCAGCUCAAGAUUCUGGUGGUGGUUCAGCUUCAUUAAAUGCUGCCUAUAAAAUUACACCUUUUGAAGGAAUUGAAUCCAAAGUUAAAGAAGGUGGGAAUAAAAUUACUUUGGAUUAUUCAUUAGGAGCUUUCUUAGACAGAAACUUACCAGACAUUGGCCAUACUUUAAUAAAUGAACUUGGGCAAAAGGGGUUAUAUGCUAGAUUCUAUAAAGAACCACCUGAAUCCAACAACCGUAAAGUAUUUGAAGAAUUUCCAUUAUCUACUUCAAGAAUCUUUCUUUCUGAUUUCAAGAGUAAGAAUUUAGCUCCAGGAGAAAUAUUAUUUUAUGCUGAUUUUACCGGUACAUUCAUACCUGAUGAAACUGGAGAUUAUGAUUUUGGAGUUUCUUGUUUAGGUACUGCUCAACUUUUUGUUGAUGAUAAAUUAAUUGUAGAUAAUAAAACCAAACAAACUAAGGGAGAUGCUUUCUUUUUAGGAGUUGGAACUAGAGAAGAAAGAGGAGUCCUUCAUUUAGAGAAGGGUAAAGAAUAUAAUAUUAGAGUUGAAUUUGGAUCCUCUCCAACUUUUACUUUGAAUAAAGCACCACUUGAAGGUGGAGGAGUUUAUUUUGGUAUUCGUAUUAAAACUACUGGUGAAGAACUUAUUAAGAAAGCUGUUGAAGUUGCUAAAGAUGCUGAUAAAGUAGUAUUGGUAGUUGGAAUUUCCAAAGAAUGGGAAUCAGAAGGUUUUGAUCGUCCUACUAUGGAUAUUCCAGGUUAUACUAAUGAACUUGUAUCUGCAGUAGUUAAGGCUAAUCCAAAUGUUAUUGUGGUUAAUCAAUCAGGAUCUCCUGUAACUUUACCUUGGAUUAAAGAUAUUCCAGCUUUUGUUCAAGCAUGGUAUGGAGGUAAUGAAUUAGGUAAUACUAUAGCUGAUAUACUUUUUGGAGAUCAUAAUCCUUCUGGUAAAUUAUCUAUGUCAUUCCCAGAAAAAAUUGAAGAUGUACCAUCAUUCUUAAACUUUGGAUCUACUAAUGGUCAAGUCAUUUAUGGUGAAGAUGUCUUUGUAGGAUAUCGUUACUAUGAUAAAGUUAAAAGAGCUCCAUUAUUCCCCUUUGGUUAUGGAUUAUCUUAUACAACUUUUGAACUUAAGAAUUUAGUAUUAAGUUCAACUAAUGAUAGUAUUAAUAUAUCUGUUAAAGUAAAAAAUACAGGUAAAGUUGAAGGGGCAGAAGUUGUUCAAGUAUAUAUUGAACCAAUUAAUCCAAAUAUUAUUAGACCAGUAAAGGAAUUGAAAGAUUUUGGUAAAGUAUUAUUAAAACCAGGAGAAUCAAAGACUAUUAAAUUAACUAUUUCAAUAAAGGAAGCAACUUCUUAUUGGAAUGGUUAUAAGAGUAAAUGGCAAUCUGAUAAGGGUAAGUAUAAAGUACUUGUAGGUAACAGUUCAGAUAAUCUUACUCUUGAAGAUGAAUUUGAAACUGAUCGUACCUUUUCAUGGAUCGGAUUAUAAUCUUUUUAAUGUUUAGUUUAUAGUUUAUAGUUAUAGUUUAUAGUUUAUAAAUUAUACUCUCAUAGUUAUUACACAUCUAUUACAAAUUUGUACUUAAUAUUAUAUAUGCUCCUAG